AUGGCCAUUGUCAAAGCCGUCCUAUUUCGAGAGCUCAAGUUCCAGGCCACGAGGGACAACUUCAUGCGUUUGAAGGGGACCAACGUCGCCUCUUUUGCCCUUUUCGUCAAAGAGCUCAGCGUCCUGCCCAGCCUCUACAGCGCAACACUAAGUUAUCCUGACUUCGAAAAGAUCCAGUUGAACAUUGCAGAUUACCACCAGCAGUUGGAGAAUUCUGAAGGGAAUGCUGUGCCAGAGAUCGAGCUCUUCAGAGAAUACCUACUGGAAAACUCCCCCUGGAAGAGUCUCCGUGAUAAACGGCGAGGAUGA